AUGCAGCUUGUCACUCCUUUUAUACUAGGCCUAGCGUGCCUUAUCAGAGCUAGUGCUAACCUAGAAUCUGAGAGUUCUGGUAAUACCGAGCUUGCAGUCCGCCAUACGGAUGGAUAUCGCUCUGUUGCCUACUUUGUCAACUGGGCAAUCUAUGGCCGUAACUUCAAUCCUCAGGACCUCCCGACCGAUAAACUGACGCAUGUACUAUACGCUUUUGCUAAUGUACACCCGGACACCGGAACAGUGUAUAUCUCAGAUCCUUGGGCCGACAUAGAGAAGCAUUAUUCUACUGAUUCCUGGAGCGAUACUGGAAACAAUGUUUAUGGAUGUGUGAAGCAGCUUUUUCUCCUUAAGAAGAAGAAUCGAAAUCUGAAGAUCCUGCUGUCUAUCGGGGGUUGGACUUACUCAGCUAACUUUGCUAAGCCCCUCGGCACUAUGGCGGGCCGUGCAAAUUUCGCUUCCUCCGCUAAAGAUCUGGUGGCGGAUCUUGGAUUUGAUGGUGUUGACAUCGACUGGGAGUAUCCUGCGGAUAGCACCCAGGCCGAUAAUAUGGUUUCAACGCUUCAACAAUUACGCUUGAGCCUGGAUACGUAUAGCGCCGCAGAAGCAAGUAACUACCACUUUUUGAUUAGCGUUGCAUGCCCAGCCGGACCAGCAAAUUACCAAAACCUCCAUAUAUCAGCCAUGGACAAGUACCUUGAUUUCUGGAACCUGAUGGCUUAUGAUUACUCUGGUACCUGGGACACCGCUGCUGGCCAUGACGCCAAUAUCUACCCCUCAACCAGCAACCCCUCUAGCACGCCCUUUAACACUGACCAAGCCAUUGACUACUACAUCUCACAAGGAGUGACAUCCGGCAAGAUUAACAUGGGUAUGCCACUUUACGGGCGCUCGUUUUUGAAUACGAAUGGGCCUGGUACGCUUUAUAGCGGUGUUGGCAGCGGUAGCUGGGAGAAUGGCGUCUGGGACUAUAAGGCGCUGCCACGGGCUGAGGCAAAUGUCAGCUACCUUGACCAACCUAUCGCUAGCUAUAGCUAUGAUGCGUCGCAAGAGAUGAUGAUAAGCUAUGACACCCCUCAAGUUGCGGAAAAGAAGGCAGAGUAUAUUAUGUCAAAAGGUCUGGGUGGUGGAAUGUGGUGGGAGAGCAGCGGUGACAAGAAAGGAUCUGAUAGCUUGAUCACAACGGUUAUUACAAAAUUUGGCGGUGUCGGUGCUCUAGAGCAAGUCGAGAACGAACUGGGGUACCCGUCCUCCCCUUAUGACAACCUGAAGGCUGGAUUUCCUUCCAACUAA